GGCGGGGGGUGACAGGCACAGCUCUCUGGUUUCAGGGCAGCCUGUGCCUCCCGCCAGCAUCUCCUGUGCUUGCUGAGACCCCAGCGCCUGGCCAUGAGCACCGCGUUCCUGCAGACUUCUUCCUCCACCUUUGGAGGUGGCUCUUCCCGGGGGGGCUCCCUCUGGGUUGGGGGCGGCGGCUUUGGUGUGGGGAGUAUCUAUGGGGGAGGCGGAAGCCGAAGUAUCUCAGCUUCUUCUGCCAGGUUUGUCUCCUCGGGGUCAGGAGGGGGCUAUGGGGGCGGCAUGAGCUGCGGCUUCGGUGGAGGGGCUGGUGGUGGUUUCACUGGAGGCUUUGGUGGGGGUUUCGGCGGUGGCUUUGGUGACUUUGGUGGUGGUGAUGGUGGCCUCCUCUCGGGCAAUGAGAAGAUCACCAUGCAGAACCUCAACGACCGCCUGGCCUCCUACCUGGACAAGGUGCGUGCCCUGGAGGAGGCCAACGCCGACCUGGAGGUCAAGAUCCGCGACUGGUACCAGAAGCAGAGCCCUGCCAGCCCGGAGCGUGACUACAGCCACUACUUCAAGACCAUCGAGGAGCUCCGGGACAAGAUCCUGGCGGCCACCAUCGACAACUCCCGGGUCAUCCUGGAGAUCGAUAACGCCAGGCUGGCCGCGGACGACUUCAGGCUCAAGUAUGAGAACGAGCUGGCCCUGCGCCAGGGCGUGGAGGCCGACAUCAACGGCCUGCGCAGGGUGCUGGACGAGCUGACCCUGGCCAAGACCGACCUGGAGAUGCAGAUCGAGAGCCUGAACGAGGAGCUGGCCUACAUGAAGAAGAACCACGAGGAGGAGAUGAAGGAGUUCAGCAACCAGCUGGCCGGCCAGGUGAACGUGGAGAUGGACGCGGCCCCAGGCGUGGACCUGACCCGCGUGCUGGCGGAGAUGAGGGAGCAGUACGAGGCCAUAGCUGAGAAGAACCGCCGCGAUGCCGAGGCCUGGUUUUUCAGCAAGACCGAGGAGCUGAACAAGGAGGUGGCUUCUAACACGGAGAUGAUCCAGACCAGCAAGACGGAGAUCACGGACCUGAGACGCACCCUACAGGGGCUGGAGAUCGAGCUGCAGUCCCAGCUCAGCAUGAAAGCCGGGCUGGAGGGCUCGCUGGCGGAGACGGAGUGCCGCUACGCCACGCAACUGCAGCAGAUCCAGGGGCUCAUCAGCGGCCUGGAGGCCCAGCUGGCCCAGCUGCGCUGCGAGAUGGAGGCUCAGAACCAGGAGUACAAGAUCCUGCUGGACAUCAAGACGCGGCUGGAGCAGGAGAUCGCCACCUACCGCAACCUGCUGGAGGGCCAGGAUGCCAGGAUGGCUGGCAUCGGCACCAGAGAAGCCUCCCGGGGAGGUGGCGGCGGCGGUGGCAAGCUUCACAUCAACGUGGAGGAGUCAGUAGAUGGGAAGGUGGUUUCUUCCAGCAAGAGAGAAAUCUAAGCGCCCAGCACAGGCGAGUGUCCCUCGACAUGCCCACCCUCCCCAGGCUGAGCGGAGGAGUGGCCAGAGGCGCUGGAAAAGCAAACUCUUUCUCCCUCUGAGGGCCUGGCUUGGGAGGGUUCCUGUCUUCUCGUUUGGAGCUUUGCCUGCUCGCCUUCCCUUCCUCCCUCCCUCCCUCUGCCCUCUGGCUCUGCCUGGCUCCUUUGUGCAACAACUUCAUUUGUACUGUGUCUGUCCAUGCAAUAAUAAAAAACAAG